AUGAUAACUACUACAUGGUCUGAAAUUCGAACAUUACGUGAACGUCUUGGUAUAACAGAACAUGAAGUUGAUAAAGAUUUAUUUGGUAUAUCAAGUAUUUCUGUUAAUGAAUUAUCAAGUAUUAAUCGACAAGUUGUUCCACAUAAUUCGACAAGUUUUGAUAAUCCAAAUGAAUCUUUAAUAAGCGAAAAUCAUCAUUUAAAAGAACGUAUUGAUGAAUUUGCAUCGAAUGAAAAAAAUCUUAUUCAAAUUAAUGAAGAAUUACAACGUCAAAUUCAUGAAUUAACACAUAAAGAUACAAUUAAUUGUGAUGAAACAAUUAUUACAAAUAGUAUUCAUAUGGAACAAAUGCAUAGUUUAACAAAAGAAAUUGAACAAUUCAAAAAAAAUUAUUCAGAUUUACAAGAAAAAUAUGAUUAUGAAAAACAUGAAUUACAUACAAUUAUUGAACAAUUACGUGAAGAUAUUGUUGAUUUAGAUAAAACAAAACAACUUUAUAUAGAUGUUUGUCAAGAAAAGAAUUCAAUUGAAGAUAAUCUUCGAGCUAAAUUUGAACAUGAAAUAAAAAUAAAAUUAGAUGAUUUACGUCGAACACUUGAAAAAGAAUAUAAUGAUAAAAUGUUAUAUUAUAAAAAUAAUUUUGAACAAGAUAAUCAAAUACUUAAAACAAAAUAUAAUCAAGAUUUAGAACAACAAGCAAAAGAAUUAAAUCAAGAUAUUGAACGAAUGAAAAUUAAUCAUGAAAAAAUGAUUAAUGAAUUAAAUAUUGAACUUGAUCGACUUAGAGUUAAUGACGAUGCAAAAGAUCGUUUAAUUUAUAUUGAAAAAGAAUUUGAACAACUUAAGCAUGAUUAUUCUGAUUUGAAUCUAAAACAAAAAGAAUUAAUAAACAAUUGUAAAACACUUGAAGAUGAAAAUCAAAAUUUAUUACAAACAAUUGAACAAAUUGAUCAAGAAAAAAUUCAUUUAAAAGAAAUAUUUGAAAAAACUGAAGAAAAAUUAUCAAAUGAAAUUAUACAAUUAAAUGAAUUAAUUGAAAAACAAAAACAUGAAUUAAAUUAUUCAUCAAAACAAACAGAUGAAAUACAGAUUGAUUUAAAACAAAAUCUUGAAGCAUUACAAACACGUAUACAUAAUUAUGAAAAUGCUGUUAGUCAAUAUGAAGAAUAUCGAUUAAAAUUAGAAAAUAAUUUACAAAAAAUAACACAACAACGUGAUACAAAUAAAAUGGAUUUAAGAUUAACAAAAGAAAUGUUAGUUAAUAAAGAAAAUGAAUUUAAUCAAAUGAAAUUAAAUUAUGAUGAAAUAGAAAAUAAUCUACAAAUUUAUAAAGAACGUUCAUUACAACAUGACACAACAAUUAAUAAUUUACAAAAACAAAUUCAACAAUAUGAACAACAAAUUUUAGAAUUAAAUCAAACAAGAUCAAGGGAUAUACAAGAAAAAGAAAUAAACUAUCGUGAAAAACUUUUAUCACUUGAAACAGAAAAAAUCGAAUUUGAACAACGUUUACAAGAAGCAAAUCGUGCACUUAAUUUAGCUGAUUCACAUUUAGAACAAGAAAUUGAGAAAAUAAAAUUAAGUCUCGAACAAGAAUAUAAUCGACGUUAUGAACGUGAUUAUAAACAACAUCAACAUGAUUUAAAUCAAUUACGGCAACAAUUAACAAGUGAAUUUGAAAAACAAAAAUCUACUAUACCUAUGAUUCAAACAAAUACAUCAGUACAAGAUAUUGAAGAAGUUAAAAAAAUGUAUCGAACUGAAAUUGAUCGAUUAUAUCGUGAAAAUAUUGAAUUAAGUCAAAAUCAAGCGAAACUUAUUGAUACACAUCAAAAACAAAUGCAAAUUAUGAAAAAAGAUUUAGAUGAUGGUUAUAAUAAUGUUAUUAAUGAAUUUCAACAUGAACAAACACGUUUACAAACACGUUAUGAACAAUUAAAACAACAACUCAAUGAAUCACAACAAACAAUUGAACAAUUAAAAAAAAAUCAUUUUGAUGAUAUUACAAAACUUAAAGAAAAAUAUACUUUAGAACAAGAUAAUAGAAAUAGACAAGAAAAUUUACAAAAUCGUGUUGAUCAUCUUGUUAAAUUACUUGAACAAUCAAAUGAUACGUUGAAUCAAGAACGAGCAUUACAUGCUAAACAAGAAAAUGAAUAUCAACAAACAAUCUCUUCGUUACAAAAGAAAAUAGCUGAUAUGAUAAAACAACAUACAAAAGCAAUGGAUGAAAUAAAACGUGAACUUCAUCAAGAACGUUUAUCUUCUCAAAAACGUUUAACAACACGACCAAUAUGUGUACCAGAAUAUGUUCAAACAGAUUUAUCAUUAAAUGAUGUUAAAUCAGAUUAUAUGGCAACUGUAGAAAAAUUACGAGUGGGAAUAGCUCAUUAUAUGGACAAUCUAGAAAUUUCUAUAAAAAAACAAAUCCAAAAUGAAUUAACUCGAAGUCGUAAUUCAAUGAUUAAAGAAAUUCGUCGUGAAUUAUUUGAAAAAAUGACACAUGCUAUGAAAAGUCAAGGAGUGCCAGAUACAACAAUUGAUAUGCAUGUAUUUGAAUUAGAUCGUCUUUUAUCUCAAAUGGCUCAAGAUUGUUUAGAUUCAUUAAGUUCAUCUUCAUCAACAUCAACAUCAAUCUAUUCAACAAUGUCUUCAAAUUCAUCAUUAACACCAAUACGUCCAACAAAUAAUCGUACAAUUAUCUAUGAUUCUUCAUUAUCAUCAACAUUAACAAAAUCUAAAGCAUCAGAAAAUAAUUAUACACCAUUAAGAAAAUCAACUGAAUGUUUACAUAUGACACCAACAAUACCAAAACCAAUUGCACCAUUAGCUCCACAUUGUCAUACAACACUUGAUAAUGAUCGUCGACCAAAAUCAGCAUCAACUAUAUUAUUAGCUAGUCAAAAUUCUACAACACCAACAAUAUUAUCCCCACGUACACAUAAAUUUCAACGUCCAACACAUAAAAAUUUUAAAAUGAAAAUGUAUCGUAGUGAAGAUGAUAUUAUGUUAGCUGUACAACGACAUGAUGAUCGACAAGAACAAAAAUCAGAUAUAAAUAGUGGUAUCGAUGAUAAUGAUGAUGGUACAAUAAUAUUAUGUGAACAAGAUAUGGAAGAAAAACAACAUCAACAACCAAAUGUUCGUGCAUUAGCAAGACAAUUUGAACAAAAAACAAGUACAUUACCUGAUCAUAAUCGUACUAAAUUAAAAACUUCUGAUAAUCAUCAAACAAUACAUUAUGCAACAGCACGAACAAUUAUUAAUGAACAACAAGAAGAUAAUGAUGAUGAUGAUGAUGAUGAAUUAACAUGGCCACAACAACAACAACAACAGCAGCAGCAGCAACAACAACAACAACAAACACCAACACAUAGUGGAAUUAAAAAAUUUGUACGUCAUAGUUUAAAACUAUUUACUACACAAUCACAACAACAACAAAAUAAAAAAACAGGAAAAUAA